AUGGCUCAGAAUCUAGAUGGUGCUGAUACCUCCGACCACGGCAAGUUCGUGGACUCGGACGACGAAGUCACGGAGUACUCUGAAUCCCCCUAUCGAUACGCCGCAGGCUCACGCCCAUACUACCCUCUUCGUAUCGGAGAGCUGCUUAACGGAAGGUAUCGCAUCGAGCAUAAACUUGGUCACGGUGGCUUCUCUACCGUCUGGAUGGCUUAUGAUCUAAAGAGCAAGACGGACGUGGCACUCAAGGUCAUGGCCGAGGGCGAUUCUGGAGAAUAUGAAUACCGCAUGCAAGGAGAGAUAAAAAAAAGCGUAAAGAAUACAUCCGGUCUCGUUCUCUAUCAGUCGAAUUUUUUCCUUCGAGGACGCGGAGUUGAUCAUCGGGUUCUUGUGUUCCCUAUGCGAGGUCCGUCCCUUGACUCUCUAGUUGGAAGGGAGAUACCCAUGGCCAGCCGCAUGUCGGCUGCCAGACAGCUGCUGGAGGCGUUAGCUAACCUACACGAAAGUGGAAUUGUACAUCGUGAUAUAAAUAAUAACAACGUCAUGUGGGGUAUUGCCCCUCUAGGCCAUCUCGACAAGGCAGCCAAAUACAAGCUCCUAGGCCGGCCCCUAAAGGUAGCCGUACCAGACGAGCCCUGGAGAGAAGGAGAGGUCGUUAAGCCGAUAGUGGUCCCUGAUGACUUACGGACAGAGUCAUUCUAUCUCGGUGACUUUGGUCUGGCAAUGAGACUUGGUGACCCUACUAUCCCGCCAGGUCGACCACCAAUUACAUAUUGUUCCCCAGACCGACUUCACGGCAAGGAUCCAAGCUACGCCUGUGAUAUAUGGAGUUAUAUGUGCGUCUUCACGGAACUCUACGUUGGAUUUGCACCUUUUCACACCUGGGCGAAGGGUGGAGUGAUAUCCACCAUGGUCCGGCUCAUGGGUCCAUUACCCGUGGAGUGGAAGGGCCAGUACUGCGACCCCAGCAAAGUUCAAGAUUCGUGGUAUGCUCAGGAGAGUACAUCUGGACCUAGGGCAAGGCCUGACAAAACCGAGAUUGAAGACUUGGUUCUACGUGGGCGGCCCAGAGCUAGUCAAAUUGAGCGACAACACGCGAUAUCCGUCUUGUCCAGGGGAUUCAACAUGUCUCCCGAACUCCGUCCGGCUGCGAAAGAGCUUCUACAAGACCCUUCGUUCAAAGCACUCAUGGAUAUACAUUGCCCAUAA